CGCGCGACUCCGCUAUAUACAUGGGGCGCCCUCUGUAGUCGUUGAUCCGUCAGUUGUUUAUAUGGCAACCUGAUCCGAGUGGGAUGUGAUUUCUUGGGUUGACACUAUUUAUCGAUACGUCUUUUUUAACCAAGCGCCAGCGAAAUUUAGUUUUUCAGCUGUAUUUAUAUACUGCUGUCCUGCUUGAGCAUUGUUGAGGAUUGACCCUCAAAAUGUCCGAUCCGGCUGGUGUACUGAAGCGAUAUGAAGACGUAUGUGAGGAGAUGGGCGUCAAACCAGCGCCAUUCAUCAUGAAAGUACUAGAGAAGGAAAAAGAUGACCAAAUUACAAGAGAGAAACAGAAACUUGAUCCUAAGGACAACAUGGAUAUAGUCUUGCGUGGCAACAACUAUCUUCUGACUAAUACCAGAUUGACUGACUCGGACGCACUGUCAUUGUAUAAGACCUUGGCCAAUAAUGUCUAUGUGACCGGCCUGGAUCUGAGAUACAACAAUCUUACUGAUGAAGGAGCUGUACACAUCGGCAAGCUGCUGGAGGAAACCUGUGCACUGCGAGGCCUGAACUUGCAGAGUAAUGACAUCGGACCAGCUGGAGCAGAGAACAUAGCCAAAGCAUUGCAGGUAAAUGAAACGUUGGUUUCAUUGAAGCUGAAUGGGAAUAAGAUAGAGAACAAGGGAGGAAUGCACCUGGCAGGAUGCUUGCAGGUCAACACAGCGUUGCAAGAACUGGACAUAGGCGAUGCUGACUUGGGCACUCAAAGCAUAAUAGCCCUAGCUACCGUCCUACAUCACAACAGCACCCUCAAAGCGCUGUGUGUCAACCGACCUCUACUGUUCAGCCAGCAGGAAGAAACCACAGUCCAUAUGUCUCUCAUGCUCAAGGUUAAUAGCACACUGAAGGAGCUCCAUCUUCAGAAGUGUGACAUUCGAGAUUUUGGAGCUGAUCGUCUUGUGGAGGCUCUGCAACACAACAUUGCACUAACUUACCUCGAUCUUAGCUGCAAUCGCAUCACACGGGACGGUGCCAAGGCUUUCUCUAAGCUUCUCAAGCUGAACACUCCCCUGGAAAUCCUAGACUUAGGAUUCAACAGAAUAGAAGACGAUGGUGCAGUCAGCCUGAGUCAAGCUCUGGUCUCGCUCAACUCAAACCUAAAAACGCUGGUCAUAACAAGCAACAACAUCGAGGCAACUGGACUGUGCGCCAUAGCGAGAGCCAUGAACACCAACACGACACUGACUAGUGUAUUCAUAUGGGGAAAUCAUCUGCAGGAACUUGCAUGUGUGGCAUUUAACGGUUUGAUGGAAUCUGGUCGUCUGGAUAUAAAGGAUACAGAUGUUAAGCCAUACAUCGUAGAUGGCCACGUCCUGCUUGCCGAGUUGAACCAUGGGAUACGUCGUCAUUACUACUGGACUCCAUUCUAUGGUUCUGAUGCAGAAUAAAGAGUUGCUGUCGGGUAGGGCUGUGCAUCGGAACCGGGUACCUGUUCAUGUCAGGAACCAGUUCCAGAUUAUGUAAUCGGGCGCUUGUAACCAACUUCACAAAUUACAUAGUAGCUUCUCAUCAGAAAGGAAAAAAGAAAGGUUUUGAAUGUCAUUUUUGAGAAAUGUUCAAAAUGAAAACCAGGCUACACAGUUUCGCAUUUAUGAGGCUUGCAAAAGUUACAGUUAACACUUUAUUACCCUAAGGCUAUAAAGCUCACUACAUGUACAUACUUGUAUCUUGCUGUAUUGACGCGCUGAUGUGGUUGUAUUAUCUUGCGGACCUUUACGAACAAUCUGCACAGCUUUCAUGAUUUGAAUUUUUGGGUUGAGUUUCUUUAACGGGUACCCAUGUUUUUUUAAUCCGGUACACGGUUCCCGUACUAUCUGUAAAUGCACACC